UUCUACAUAAUAUGUUAAUUUUUGAUUUUUCAAUUUUAUUUACCUAAAAAAUAUGCAGAAAAAAUUUAAUUUUAGUUUCAAACAAUCAUCAGUAAAUUUAAUUAAUCAGAUUAUGUCAAAAUUAAACAUGUCGAAACAAGAAGCACACACUCAUACUCAAAAUGAAGAAACUAAUAAUAGUAAAGAGGAAAACAAAGAACAUUAUCCGUUAAAAAUAUCUUCUGAAAAUAUUGCUGCAGUGUGUGAUCAAUUAGAGAAAUUUAUCAACUAUAUGCAGAAUACUAUUAAAUUUGAAUAUUACAUACAGAAUUAUUCAAUAGACUUAGAAAAACGAUUGAAAAACAAUGCAGAAGAAAUAGAGCAGAUGUUGAAAGAAAUUAAAAGUAUUUACGUAAAUAUACAAAAGCAGAAAAAGCAACAAAAAUGUUUAAACAAAGAAAAACUAUCAAUAGAUAAAACUUUAAAAAAAUUAAAAAAUGAAGAAAUAAGGGAAAUGGAGUUAAUAAUUUCGCUAUUCGAAAAAGAAUUGUAUAAUCGUUGGGAAUCAAUAAAAUCAACUCGUAAGCCCGAAACCUUAAACGGAUUAUUGACUGACAUAAGAAGUAAACAAUUAGCCUUGAUAAAUUUGGAAACUUUGAUAUCAAGAAAAUUAAUUAAUUUGGAAAAGUUUCCUGUCUCGAGUAAUUUGACGGAUGAUUUUCAAAAUAAACUCGAAUCAACAUCAAUGAUGCUACCAUUACUCCCAUUAGAAUUAGAUUCAUUAGAAAAUGUAACUGUUCCACCACCACCACCACCACUACCAUCAAUUACUCCCCUGAUACCUUCACUAAUGUCUUCAUUGACACCUUUACCAAUAAAUGAUUCAAAUAUUUUUUCAAUAUGAGAUAGACCACGCUCAGAAAUUUAAAAACA